AUGACCGAAGACCUUCCUCUUGAUUCCGCUAACUGGGUAUCGCCCUACACGCUUCCUCCUUUACCGAAUCUACACCGUUCUCGAGGCCACUCUUCUCAUCUCAAAUCUCCUGAUCUCCCUCGACCAUACUACGCGGCAGCCUGGGGAAGCCCUUACGCCACACCGAGUCCAAGAAGGCCUGCUCGACCUGCACCAUCGACUGGCCAGCACGCCGCGUUUGGUUCGUCAUCACCAUCACUUCCGACGCGACAAAUCCUUCCAGCGGCGUCGACUCACGACCUUUCCGCCAGGUCUGUACCUCUUCGAGCCCAGACUCAGCCCGUUGAGACCAAUCGAAAACGUCACACGGAACAUUUGAAUUGGUUGAGCGAUUCCGAGGACACGGGUUCUGAGACGGCUGGAAAAGAGCAGGAAGAUCAGACACCAACCCGGGAGGCUUACCUCGACAGCUGGGGUCCAUCCCCGGUUAGCGAUCAACCUGAGUUGUCACGAAUACAUCGCCGGUCAGAAAGCCUCGCAACGAUCACUCCUGAUAUUUUCCAUGGUUCAGAGAUCCUGUCGAUAGAGCCGCACAAUCCACAGCAAUUGCUGUUUCCGUCUUUGGACCUCACAAUGGCGUCUCCAGGCUCGACGAUCGUCGAGUCGGGUAGUAAGCCGCAGCAGGCGCAUGACCGUCGAAUGUCCUUGCUCGAAGCUGAGGACAGGCCUCUUCCAAGUCCGACAUCACCACUGCGACCUCGACCUAAUUCUCUACAGUCCUAUCAGCGACCAAAGAAGAAGGUUAUCUGGAGGGGUAAAGCGUGUAUCAUCGCGCUCCCGCUGACAGAUCGAGAAGCAGCUGGUCUACCACCUUUACUCACCGCGGAAGAAGCCAAGCACAGGAUAAACGAAUGGAUUGCUCAAGGGUAUAAUAUUGAUGGGUUUGAGCUCACGCAUAGCUCAUCGAGUCAUUCCAUACAGAGCAAUGGUCAGAGCCGUCCAGUGUACCCAGACCCGCUUGAUCUACAAAGGGAACGAAAGCUACGCUCAUAUCAAGUGAGCAUCCCAAACCAGGCCGAGUGGGAGUCGUGGGUCAGUCACCUUAAGGAGGAAAAGCUGAGAGCGUUGGGCGUGAGUCCCAGCAACUCAGAGGCCCCGCCUUCCACAAGGUCCCCAUUCUCGCCAGAUCUGAGCCGUGUAUCUUCCGGCUACCCUGGUCUGGCUCCUUCACCACCCAUCGCACCAUCAUCGUCAGCAAGUAAUCCUCUCAGAGCUACUAGCAAUCCUUUUUCACCAUCCCUCAUUUCGUCUGCUGGAAUGAGUCCUCAGCCUGGGUCGGUCAAUUCAUCGCACUUUGGAGGAAUUCCGAAGCCUUUGCAUGCUCACAAGCAAUCAAUGGCGCCGCCCAAUCAACGUGGUCGCAUCAACUCACCCUUUGAUCACGCUGCUUCGCAAUCCCAUUCAUUUAGCCCUGGCGUCCCAUUGAGCAUUCCUCCCCUGUCGUCACGGCAGAAUAGCUUUUCUCCCAACAACCCGUUGCGGCUGCCGAAUCUUGGUGAAGUUUUAUCUCCGGGCUCUCAACAGCCAGGGUUUGAUCCUCGUGGACCCAAUGCAAAUAUGCCGCCCACAUAUUCUCGACACGGAUACUUCCCAUCACAGGCCAAUUUCACUGGUCCUUACCCAGGCAAUUGGAAAGCACCCAACACUGCGCUGCCUCAACGUGUUGACAGCUUGACACGUACCCCAGAGUUCCGCGUACCAUCAAGAUCGCCCAUUGAAAUUGCGCAUCCCACUCCCAAAAGCCAUCGUCACAAUCUCAGCAUGGCCUUGCAGAGGGAAAUUGAUGAAGCAGAAGCCUCCCUGGUCGAAAAGGAUAGAAACCAUGACGCAGAGCACAAUGCAAUCUCUGACCAACCUGUGCGGAAGGACUCCAACUUUGAUGAGCAAAAUGACGAACCUCCCAUUUUACGACGACCUGAGACACUCACAGAUGAGAGAUCAGAGAUCGAGACGAAUCCAAGCAUAGCGGCUACCCCCAUGCUUAUGGACGACAAGAACCCGUUCGUGACCUGGCAGGCUUUGAGCGAUGCAGCCAAGGGCGACGCUAAGGCGUCCGAUACUGAUGAACCACCUACCGUGCUCCCCAAGUUCAAUGUACAAGCAAAGGAAUUUGAUCCCCGUGGUGGCUUCUCAAGCUCCAACUUUUCUUUCAACAAUGAUGCAUUUGCACCAUUCAGUGUCUCCCAGCAGGCCCCAGCGUCAGCAUCAACUGCACCUAAAAACGCUGCCAGGACUCGACUAUCAUUGUCGCACCUCAACGCUGAUGCUCCUGCCUUCACUCCUACGUUUGCAGCUACCUCUACACCCAAGCAAUUCGCUUUUGAGACGAGCAAAGAGGAUCCAUCGGCCCCGAAUUCAUCAGCAGUCCCAGAUCCUCCCCAGCACAAAGCUCCGAAAGACUCAGGAUUCAGAUUUUCGUCUGCUACAUUCAAUGUAGACGCCCCAGUGUUCAGCCCUUCGAAUUCCAUUUUCUCAACCAUUGGCUCAAACAUUGUGUCAACCACUCCAGGCUCGACGGUCGAAUCUAAUAGCAUUUUCGGGAACGUUGUUAUAGGUCCAGAUUCCAAGCCAACCAGAAGAGGAAGCAAAGCUGUAACCAUCACUCGUCCCAGGUCAAAAGAGGGUCCAAUUCAGGACGACGUGAGUAGUUCAGGGGAGGACAAAUAUGAUGAAAGUCAAGAAGACGAGGGUGGCCGCCCCAUGGCGCCUGCUGACCGACAGAAGCGAGCCCGUCGCACCGGUAGUGACGGCGACAGAAGCCCUGUCUAUGCUGACUCUGCGCCUUUCCGUCAGUCCAGUAUUACUCCUGCAGGUGGAAACAUGUCCAACACUGUUCACGGCCAUCCAAAUGAGCGUAAACCAUCUUUCGAUGGCUGGUCGUACAUCUCACCAGACGAGAAUGAACUGAGCAACAAAUCUGUCUCCACUAAACUGAAAUCACCCUCUCGCCUUAGCCAUGGAAGUGCAUCAAGUUUCACAUUCAAGAAUGAAGGUGAUGCUGCCAUGUUCAAUGACGCACGACCUCCAUGGGAGAAACAACCACAUGUUGAGCCAGAGAGUGCGCUGAAGCAGGAACCUUCUUUUGAUGAUCAUGAGCCUGAAGCUGACGUGGGCCGUCAAGCUUCUCCCCCACAACCAGAGUUCCGAUCUCACAAGAUCAAAUCAUCUCUCUCUGCGCUCGCGAAGCCGUUUGAAUUCAGCCCACAACUAUCUAGUCCGAAGGUGGCUUCAUCGUUGAGCGCCCCUCGGAAACCCCAAGGCUUGGAGGCUUCCCGAUUUGCAGCACCAUUAGAUUCAGAAGACACGCCUGUAGUCCUGGGAGCCAACUUAUCUUCUCCUCCGCCAGAUCUUGAUCACUACCUGGAACCAGGCUCGGACUCACGAUCUGAAGUUGAAGUGGAUGUUGAAACUCCUUCCGAUGCUGAAGCCAAAGCUCUUUCGAUCAGCAGUGCACCAAGCUUACCUGUUCAUGACACGGAGAAUUUGGUGAGAGAAGGAUCGAGAGACUUAGGACGCGAAGCAGAAGCAGAAGCAUCUUCCAAUGAAGAUGACCUCAUUCCUGGUUUACGAAUGCGGCACCAGGAUGAACCUGUUCCUUCGUUUGAGGAUAUCGAUGCUGUUAUGAAGCAGCUCGAAGUUCAUCCAGAGCUCGGAAUAGAACGCAUCGACACACCACUUCAGUCUACCCCACUGGUAGACAUGCGCCUCAGUGGCAUCUUUCGCAGUGAUGCACCGAGCCCCAGUCCAGCCCGAAUUCAUGAUAACAGGAUCCUUCAGAGUGAACUCUCCUAUCCCCCGUCUACUGGCCUUGGUAUUGGAAUACACAAGCUCAAUACUGGAAGAGAGGACGUCAGCGAUUGGGGAGGAAGCAUGCCUGCAGCUGAAGAAGCAAAAUUGCAGUUACGGUCGCAAUUCUUUGAUGGUCACGUCAACGAUCUGGUUGAUGGCAUACUCGAGAACAGGUUAGGACCCUUAGAGAGCACUCUUCAGACCAUCCAGAACUCCUUGGCUAUACUUGCUAGUGGUUCAAAGACGAAGCAUGAACGCAAAUCCGCCGAGGCUGACAUCAAAGACUCCGAUGCCGAUGAUGAGGAUGAGGAUGAUUACGAUGCAUUUGAAGGUUUCGCCUCAUACCGUUCAAAGUCUCCCUCGGCGAGAAGAGAGGUGUGGAAACAGGACAGACUUCGUGCUGCUGUAUCUCAAGCCCUUGCUUCCUACGAACCACCCGCUCCAGCUCAGCCUGCACUUGACUUGACAGAGUUCAGUGAGAUGUUGCAAGAGAUCCGACAGGUCGCUCUCCAGAACAACUCUCUCAACACGCAGCACGAGCUGAGGACGGUCGUUGAAGAUGUGAUUUCCCAACAUCCAAGACUGCGUGGAUCAAGAGUUCAACAAGACUACGAGGCUACCGAAGGCAAACUGAAACCUCAGAUUGAUGGUCUUGAAUCAAUGCUGAAAAUGGCAAAGGAACACAAUGCAGAAGAGGUACAAUUGAGACGAAAAGCAGAAGAGCAAGUAGCUGAGCUUAAGCUACGCCUAAGCAUUGCAGAGGAUGAAGCAGCACAAUACCGUGAAGCAUCAGAGGAAACUCAACAGACUUUAGUUGCUUUCCUCGAAGAGAAGGAGUCAUACAAGAAUCUUGAAGAUCAGUUCGACAAUAUGACACUCCAGAAUAGUGCUUUGCAGACGACUCUGGAUGAGUAUCGGGUCUCAAGCGAUCAGUGGCGUGACGACAUCCGUGAGGAACGUUCGAAGAACAAAGCACUCCGAGAGACUCUACAUGAUCUCGCCAAACAACUGGAAGAACAAUCGCAGUCGAGGACAUUGUUCCGAAAUAGAGUUGAGCGAUUGCAAGAGGAUCUAACUCGAGUGGUUCAGGACACCCAAUCCGAGCAGGCUGAUUCACGGGAACGGGAGCACAAAUUGCUCAGCAAUUUGGCAUUGGUGGAAGAUGCUCUUAGUCAAGAGCGUCGGCAUCGUUCAAAGGCCGAGGCAGAUCUUGAUACUAUGGAGAAAGAGAACCGUGCGAAUUUGCACUACAAGAGGGGUCUUGAAGAUGCUGAGAAAGACAUCUCGCGACUUAAUGACUUGGUGGCAUCAUUGCGCGACGAAAACCGACUUCUUGACACAAAAUCUUUUGAGUUGAGUCGCGAACUGGAUCAUGUACAGAAGAGCAAGGAGGCCGAGAUUGGAGUGUCCACUGCUCGUCUGCAAGCAGAAUUGGAAAGCACAAAGACACAGCUUCAUAGCAUUCGAACCGAUUCGGAUGCCCAGAUAAAUCGACUACAAAGUCGCCUUGACCACGCAGAGUUGGAUCUGGAGGAUCAGAAAGCUAAACAUGAUGCACUUCUUUCCGAGACUAUCGAAGCGCACAAGGAAGCAAUCCGUGAAUCAAACGAAAGAAGAGAAAGCGGGCUUGAAGACCAACACCAAGUCCAUGAGAAGAAGCUCAAUGAUCUGCGAGAACGACAUACCCGUGAGCUGCAUAAUUCUUUUGACAACAGAACCAGACUUGAGCAUCAACUCAAUGAGAGGCUAAGUUUAGGUGAAGACAAGAAUAAGCAUCUCCAGAGCAGGAUCGCAGACUUGGAAGAUCGAUUAGAUGUUGCAAAAUCUGCCCUCAGAGCUGCUGCAGAAGCUGCUCUAGCCAAGGGAAUCAACCUACCAACCCCUGCACCGUCUGUUGUUGCGUCGCCACCACAACGUGCCACUAGUGCUUCAAUUUCCUAUGCGAAAGGCACCGAUCUACCAGAAAAGAUCUCUCCACAGGCUCUCCGGGAGUCGAUCAUGGUUCUACAAGAUCAGCUUCAGAAUCGUGAAAUGAAGAUCGAACAACUUGAGGCUGAGCUUGCAACCGUCGACAAAGAAGCUCCAAAUAAGAUUAAGGAAAGGGACACCGAAAUUGGUUGGCUUCGCGAAUUGCUCAGUGUUCGUACAGAUGAUCUUCAGGAUCUUAUUACGACAUUGGCUCAACCAGAUUUCGACCGAGAAACAGUCAAAGAUGCAGCAAUCAGACUUCGAGCAAAUCUUCAGAUGGAGCAGCAGCUCAAAGAACGAGCACACUCUGGACUGACCUCCUCAUUACCAUCAAUCUCUUCUCUGACAAGCUAUGCGCAAUCACCCAAGGCUCUUCCUAUGGCGGCUGUGGCAGCCUUGAGUAACUGGCGGAAAGCUCGAGACACAUCUAUUGGCGCCCUUUCAGAUUUUGCUACUGGUAUUGGCAGUCAAACACCAUCAAGGUCUACUGUAGGAAGUCCUGCAAGCAUUCUCUCUGGGAUCAUGACGCCUCCAAGUACGACUCAGAGACAAUCACUCUCUGGUGAGAGGUCUGCACCACCUCCUAGUAUGAGACCUUUGGCUGCAGCUGCACAGGCUCGAAAAGGGGCUGCGGAGGCCAGACCCCUUAGAGCAUACAAUUCUCAACCACGUGCUUUGUCAAACCGUCAACAAGAGAAGAGACCGGAAGACUCUCAGCCAUUCCCUCCACUCCGAGAUGAAUCACCACACACCCCGACACAGUCUAAGAGACCAAGUCUUGACUUUGCAGAUGACGUCGACGAGGACGCAUCUCCCCUCGAUGGCAGGCACACACAACACCUGGAGGAGCCUGAGCCAAUUUCAGGAUAA